CAUGACAUUUGCGAUUUAGAUAAUGAAAUAGUAAUUAUAAUAAUAUAAUAUAUAGAUCGAUAAAUGAACAAACAUUUUAGUUAUCAAAAUGAAUUCUUUCUUAGCACUCUCGUGCUUUUUCAUUUGUUUUAUAACAACUUUUGCAUUUGUAAAAGAUGACACUCAACUUUGGAGCCACACAUUUAAAGUACAAGAAAAAUCGUUUUUUGUGAAUUCAGAUAAAAUGAAUUUCACCGAAGCAUUGGAUUACUGCAAGAAAAAUAAUUUGCAACUGGCAGCUAUUGAAACCCUGGCUGAAAGCGAACAUCUAUACAAAGAAAUGAGUUAUUUAGGAAUUUUUCUACUACCAUUUUGGUCAUCAGGAACAAAACUAUCAAAAUCAAAUGAAUGGAUAUGGUUAGGCUUAGGCGAACUUAUUACUUUUUUCGAUUGGAAUGAUGGAGAACCAAGCACCAAAGAUGGUAACGAGUUUUGCAUAGCCAUAAAUCCUGAUUAUACUGGUCAUGGUUUUUGGAGUAGUAAAAGUUGCAAUUCAUCAAUCUUCUCACUUUGUCAAUCAGUUUCUAAAAACUAAACCAAAAAGAUAUUUUUGAUGUAAUCUUCAGAAUAAAUAAUUAAACCAAAUAAUUACCA